GGCGGGCUUAGUUUGCUCUCGCCGCCCGCCCCACCACCAGCAGCCGGAGGGCGCCGCGGCAGCCGAAGCGCGAUCGAUGCCGGGAGCUCGGAGGAGGCGGCGGCGCUGCUGAGCGAAGCGCGGGGGGCGGCCCCGCCCGGAGAUGGGGAUUCUCAGCAUCACGGACCAGCCUCCUCUGGUCCAAGCCAUCUUUAAUCGUGAUAUAGAGGAAGUACGGUCAUUGCUGAGCCAGAAGGAGAAUAUCAAUGUACUGGACCAAGAGAGACGAACCCCUUUGCAUGCAGCUGCAUACUUGGGAGACGCCCCUAUUCUUGAACUCCUAAUACUAUCAGGUGCUAACGUUAAUGCAAAGGACACCCUUUGGCUAACCCCGUUACACCGUGCUGCAGCUUCUCGCAAUGAGAAGGCACUUAACCUCCUCCUAAAGCACUCUGCGGACGUCAACGCUCGCGACAAGUAUUGGCAAACACCACUGCACGUUGCCGCUGCCAACAGAGCCACCAAGUGUGCUGAGGCCAUCAUCGCCCUGCUAAGUAGUGUUAAUGUGGCAGACCGCACCGGCCGGACAGCACUGCACCAUGCUGUACACAGUGGGCACAUUGAGAUGGUUAACCUGCUCUUAAAUAAAGGGGCCAAUCUGAGCACAUGCGACAAGAAGGAGAGACAGCCAAUACAUUGGGCAGCCUUCCUUGGGCAUCUGGAAGUCUUGAAGCUGCUUGUGGCCCGAGGAGCUGAAGUUACGUGCAAGGACAAGAAGGGUUACCCACUGCUGCACACGGCAGCAGCCAGCGGCCAGAUCGGUGUGAAACACCUGCUGAGGCUUGGAGUAGAGAUUGAUGAACCAAAUUUCUUUGGCAACACUGCACUUCACAUUGCCUGUUACAUGGGCCAGGAUGCUGUGGCCAAUGAGCUGGUCAACUAUGGCGCCAAUGUCAAUCAGCCCAAUGAGAAGGGCUUCACCCCCCUGCACUUUGCUGCCGUCUCCACCAACGGAGCCCUGUGCCUGGAACUUCUCGUCAACAACGGAGCUGACGUGAACUUUCAGAGUAAAGAAGGGAAGAGUCCUUUGCACAUGGCUGCCAUUCACGGACGGUUUACACGCUCUCAAAUUCUCAUACAAAACGGCAGUGAGAUUGACUGCGCUGACAAAUAUGGCAAUACCCCCCUCCAUGUUGCUGCUAGAUACGGCCACGAGCUGCUAAUUAGUACUUUGAUGACGAAUGGUGCUGAUACUGCAAGGCGUGGGAUCCAUGACAUGUUCCCCUUGCACUUAGCUGUUCUCUUUGGAUUCUCAGACUGUUGUCGUAAGCUACUUUCCUCAGGUCAGUUGUACAGCAUCGUCUCUUCACUUAGCAAUGAGCAUGUGCUGUCUGCAGGCUUUGAUAUCAAUACGCCAGAUAACCUCGGGAGGACCUGCCUCCAUGCUGCUGCGUCCGGAGGGAAUGUUGAAUGUCUUAACUUGCUGUUGAGCAGCGGAGCUGACUUGAGGAGAGAGAUAAGUUUGGAAGGACUCCUUUGCACUAUGCAGCCGCUAAUGGCAGCUAUCAGUGUACAGUGACAUUAGUCACUGCCGGAGCCAGUAUUAACGAAGCUGACUGUAAAGGCUGCACCCCCUUACAUUAUGCUGCUGCUUCGGACACUUACAGGAGAGCUGAGACUCAUUCAGGAAACAGCCAUGACACUGACGAAGAGCCACUGAAGGAGUCACGACUGAAGGAGGCAAUCUU